AUGGUAGUGGUUGUGCACUACGGUUUGGUGAUCUGGUUGAUAUCAGAAAGCUCUCCACUGGCGGAGACGAUCUUGGAUUUUGUCAUACAUAAAUGUGACUGUUUGCUUCCAGAAGGGACAAAGAAUGGGACUACAGGGAAGUCGGAUCCUGGAGAGGCAAAAGAUGGUACCAAAUGGAUCAUACCAGUUACUGUUGUAGCCCCCAUUGCAGUUCGUUGUUGUAAAAUUUUGAAUCACAAAAUGAGCUUAAUCUUGUUGUCGGCGUGGAAAUUGUGGACCGAAGAAAGGGCACUUGAACUGAUCGAUACAUCAGUUAAGGACUCGUACAAUUUACCUGAGAUAUUCAGAUGCAUCCAUGUGGGUCUCUUGUGUGUGCAACAGCUUCCAGAUGACCGGCCGGACAUGUUAUCGGUGGUUAUGAUGUUGAGUGGUGAGAGUGCAUUGCCUCAGCCAAAGCAGCCUGGUUUUUUGAUAGAAGUACAGAAUGAAGUUCAUCCCUCAUCAAGCAAGCAUGAAUCUUGUUCAGCGAAUGGUGUGACAAUUACAUUGUUGGAGGCUCGUUAG